UUCUCCCCAUCCAUGCAUUCCUCCUCCAUCGCCAUUCAAGGAGGGGCAGGCCUCCCAUGUGUUUGAACAAAGCAUGACAUAGCAAGUUGAGGUAGGACUGAGCUCCUCGUCCUGCAUAAAAGCUGGGCAAGGUAAUCCAGCAUGAGGAACAGGUUCAGGGAGACUUCUUAGUGAUUAUGAAAACUUGGCCUUUAGCUUAGGCUUCUCCCCAGCUAGUUUAUAUUAAAUUAUAACUUAAUUUAACCUGCCUUCAUUAAUCUUCGAUCUGCCCCAUGGUUUUUCUUUAAAUGUCUCCACCAUUCUGUAUGCCCGACUUGGUCCUCCAGUAACUGGUGUCUCCCUGCAGCUGGAUUCAUCUCUUCUGCUCUAUCCCAUGAAUCUUGCCUGUCCUCUCCGGCCUAGCUAUUGGCCACUCAGCUCUAUUAAACCAAUCAGAAGGUGCCUUGUCAAACAGAUCUUCACAGUAUACAAAAAGAUUAUCCCGCACAGUAUUGUUUUGUCAUUUUACAGUAUAACUGAGUCAACAUGAUUCUUAUCGCUCUAGGAAGAUUAAAAUCAGUACAUAUGGACAGCAAUGAUUGUAAACCUAAUAUUUCUGUCAAAGAAGUCUUGACUCACAUACACACAUCUCCUGUUGUAGAUCUGGAAGUGAACACCAGACUGACUCCCCAUGGCUGUUUGAAAACAAAACAGUAGUCACAUUGUUAAGGAACCACAUUGUUAUACAUUGUUAGUUAGUCUCCAUACUUUACAAGAAUAAGUUUCUGUUUCCUAAGCCUAAUGACCCUCCAAAACAUGUUUCAACCUAUGCUGAACUUGUGACAGUAUGAUGUCUGCCCAUCGUUUGCCUUACAAAAAUAACCUGUGAUAUGAUUGCACUUUUGCCUUAUGAACAUGUUUUUCCAGAUACCUUGAUGAUUCCCCUCCCACAUGAUGUAUUAUUGAACUUCAACUUUUUUUUAUUUUAUCCUUUCUAACGGCCAACUAUCUCGACAUCUGUUUUCUACUAAUCAUAACCCUCAUCAAGGGAACUGAAAAGGCUAUGGGGGGUGGGGGUUCUGUUCUCUGAAAUACUGACUUUGGGAGAGAAAGCCAACGGGCCAGUUUCUGGUGCUCCUGUAACAUGAAGCUUGCUUUAAUCAGACAUUCGUGCAGUUGGCUUUUCUCAGGCCUAACAGCUGUCCACUGGAUUGUGUUUCUUCCUCCCAAACUCUCCUGCAGGCAGCCAAAUUAAUCCAGGAAGAGUAAAACAUCAUCUCACUAGGAGUCCAAGAAUUCCUUUGCUCAGACUUCUGGGAAAUGUAGUCCAUGCGACUGUGACAUCAUAGGGAGCCCUCCAGGAAAUCCCCUUCGAGUGUUUAGUCCACACACGUGCAGCUUCCCUACAGUUGGGAGAGUGUCCUGACCUGCUCUACAUUCCUGUUGCGUCUCUGACAUGGAGAUCUACUGGCCUCCUCAUUGCUGCUCAAGUCUGCAUUUUAUUUCAAGACAUUUUUCUAUGUAAUUAUUCUUUAUGGAGGAUACAUUUCAGUUGACCCAAAUUCUUGCACCAUGCCCUGGAGACACAAGAGUCAGGGGACUGGAACUGGAUCUGACCUGAAGUUUUUCUGCCUAAGGGAAAUGCUGUCCUUCUGGGAUGUGGCCAUUGAGUUCUCUGCAGAAGAGAGGGAAUGCCUGGAGCCUGCUCAGUGGAAUUUGUACAGGGAUGUGAUGUUGGAGAAUUACAGCAACCUUGAUUUCCUGGGUCUUGCUGUGUCUAAGCCACACCUAGUGACAUUUUUGGAACAAAGACAAGAGCCUUCAUAUGUGAAGAGACAAGGAGCAGACAACACGCAUCUAGGAAUAACCACCAAUGAUUAUAACAUUUACACAAAGACCAUUGAUUGUAAGUCACUGCAUAUUCAACGCCAGAGAAUUCAUAAAAGGGAGAAACUCUACAAGUGUGAAGAAUGUGGUAAAGGUCUUAGUUCUCAUAAAGCACUUUCCAUACACAAGAGACUUCAUACUGGAGAAAAACCCUAUAUGUGUAUAGAAUGUCAUAAGACAUUUAAUACUCCUGAAUCUCUUUUUAUACACCAGAAAAAUCAUACUGAUGAAAAGUCCUACAAGUGUGAGGAAUGUGGCAAAUCAUUUUACUAUCCUUCAAUGCUGAAGCAACAUCAAAGAAUUCAUUCUGGAGAGAAGCCCUACAAGUGUGAAGAAUGUGGCAAAUCCUUUUAUACUUCUUCAGUGCUGAAACAACAUCACAGGAUUCAUAGUGGAGAGAAACCAUACAAGUGUAUAGAAUGUGGCAAAGUUUUUUAUGAACAUCAAUUCUUCAGGUACAUAAGCGAAUUCAUACUGCAGAGAAACUCUACAAGUGUGAAGAGUGUGGCAAGUGUUUUUAUUUAUCUUCAUACCUUAGACGACAUCAAAUAAUCCAUUCUGAAGAUAAUCCCUAUACAUGUGUACAAUGUGGCAAACGGUUUCUCUAUUCUAGGAGUCUUCAGGAACAUCAAACAAUUCAUACUGGAGAGAAACUAUA